GGAACCAUCGGUUUCCGAUUUUCUCCAAAUUCCAAAACGUAACCUCGCCGGCAACUGAUCUCCGGCCGCGUGACUUCCCUCCGGCCGCCGCAUUCCCUCCCCUUCGUCCCGAUCUCCGGUCACCUGUAUGGAAUUUGCCUUUCGUUUGUGUUUCUUUUUCCCGGCAAUGAGUUUUUGUUCUUGAACAAUUUCCGAGAGAUCCUUCGACUCCCGAGUUUGAAGAGGAUUGGAAUUCUUUGCAACGAGAAUUCAAGCUCUUUCUUACCUCUCCAUGGCGUCGAGGAAUCGGACUUUGGUUUUUAGGAAAUACAGGGACGCGUUAAGGAGUGUGAGGGCUCCUACCAGCUCUUCGCCUGCUUGUCCGUCGCCAUCGACUAGUUCUGGCGCUGGUGGACCGGUAAUUGAAUUGGUUAGCUCGUCGUUGUUGCAUCCGAAUCGGUCGUACGCUCCCUUAAGUACCGAGGAUCCGGGUAAUUCAAGUAAGGGCGCUCUCACUGUGGGUCUACCUCCGUCUUGGGUCGAUGUAUCCGAAGAGAUAGCUGCAAAUGUGCAGCGUGCACGAGUGAAGAUGGUGGAGUUAGCUAAAGCUCAUGGAAAGGCUUUAAUGCCUUCAUUUGGAGAUGGUAAAGAAGAUCAACAGCUAAUCGAGUCUCUAACGCAAGACAUAACUAAUUUAAUCAAGAAAUCAGAGAAGGGACUCAGGAGAUUCUCUGUGGCUGGACCUUCGGAAGAUUCCAAUAUCAGAAAAAACGUUCAGCGAUCCCUUGCCACUGACCUUCAGAACCUUUCCAUGGAGCUUCGGAAGAAACAAUCAACUUAUUUGAAGCGCCUACGACAGCAAAAAGAGGAAGUUCAAGAUGGGAUUGACAUAGAGAUGAAUCAAAAUGGAAAUAGAUCAAGAAUGGAGGACGAUGAUUUAGAAGACAUGGAAUUCAAUGAGCAUCAGAUGGCUAAGGUGCGAAAAAAUGAAGCAUUCACUGCCGAAAGAGAGAAGGAGAUCCAACAAGUUGUAGAAUCCGUGAAUGAGCUUGCUCAGAUCAUGAAGGAUCUAUCAGUUCUUGUCAUAGACCAGGGCACUAUUAUCGAUAGGAUAGAUUAUAAUAUUCAAAAUGUUGCAACGACAGUUGAUGAGGGCCUUAAGCAACUCGAGAAGGCGGAGAGAACACAGAAAAAAGGCGGGAUGGUAAUGUGCGCAAGCGUUCUCAUUAUCAUGUGCUUUGUCAUGUUGGUCCUCUUGAUCCUUAAAACCAUACUAUUUUGAUCCUCAUGAAUACAGUUUCAGAUUAUGCAUAGUUACAAAGUUACCAACACUGUUCCUCAGAGAUCCUUAAAAGAAAAAUUAGUGUCGUUUCCAGGCCGAUCAGAGAAAUUCUUGAGCAGACAGAUAGAUUCUCUCAUUCAGUACGUAAAUCUUGUUCCCUCCUGUUCGGGUUCUCCAGCCCGGAAAGGGGAAGGAUUUAGCUGCUUCUCCUUUCGAGUCACAGAGUUCUUGACAGGAUAUUUUGUAUAGGGAUUGAUUGAGCUCUGGAAACUUCCUCUACUGAUAAUUUCUUUUAUUUUCAUUAGAGCUUUUUCAUAGAAGUUGAUUCUUGGCUGGAGAGCAUUCUUUUCUCUUUUAUGUAUGAUGUUUGUAUUCUGUACUUUUGUGUUUCAGUGCAAUAAAAUUGUGAUAUAAAGCCCUCUUAACAUUUA